AUGACGCCGCGAAUGCAAACGUUGAUGAUAGUGACUGUACUGACUAUUCUGAUUCUGAAUGUUUCAAGAUUAACAUGGAACCGGGUUCGCAUCGUCUUCAUUCUUGGACAUACAGCCCCAGCUUCCAAGGUGACGGGUGCCGGACAGUGCGAACAAGAGACCGUCACUCCAGGAAACCGGACCAAAAUCGCAGACUUGGCUAUAUCGAUCAACUACUUCACAAUCCGGACUUUCCUUUUCUGCAUGGCUCGUUAUAGAAUUCUGGACAUGUUCACCUCACAAUGGUUCCCCGAGUCUCGGACCCUUUGGGGGGAUGGCUGUAUUGGAUUCAUCCAGCGUUUGAUGGUGCAACGUGUUGGAAGCACGCGAACUUGCAUACUUGAGCGUAAGCAACCGCCAGCUGCACUAUUGAUUACUCCACGAGAUGAUCCUGAGAGCGAAGGUGUCGAAAACAUGCGUAUCUCUUCGAAAGCACAAUUGAAAGAUUCGCGUGUGUCCAUCGUGAAGACAGCGCAGGAGGCUCAAAUUCUUGUUCUUGUAAUCUCCGGUUCGUUGACCGUCAAAGAUGAUUUUCCUUUACCGGCCCGCAUAAAUGAUGCAUUCCCUGUGGGAUGGGAAAAUGAUUAA